UCCACCUUUAAAAAGGCCGGCUGCUCGUCGACCAACAUCACAUUCAAUCUUGCAUUCAAUCUGAGAAAAUGAAGUUCACUUUGGUCCUCCUCAUCGUCGCCAGUGUUUUGGUCUCGCAGAUCGCCAGCGCUCCUUACGGCAAAAAAGCCACGGCUGCCGAGAGCAACGAGAAUGAAGAAGCCGCAUCCGCCGAGGUAGCCAAGGAGGAGAAAGGAGGCGAGAAAUACGACAAAUCGGAGAAGAAAACGGACAAGAAGACGGACAAAAGCGAAUCCACUUACACCGAUGCUAAAAGCGAGCCCGCCGCCGAGCCAGCUGCCGAACCCGCCUACGCCGACAAGGCCGUCGAAGCCGCCGCUCCCGCCGUCGAACCCGCUUACGCCGCACCAGCCGCCGUUGAAGCCGUCGCCGUCGUUGAAACUGUCGCCGCUCCGGCCGUCGAAGCUGCCCCAGCUGUUGCUGCUGUUGCCGAAGUUGUUGCGCCAGUCGCCGAAGCCGCCACCACCUACACCGCCACUGUUUACAGAGUGGCCCGUUCGCCCACCGUCGGUGCCGUUGCCGCCGCCGCUCCCGCUGUCGCCGCUCCGGCCGUCGCUACCGGUUACACCGGCCGUGCCACUUGCGUUUUGAAUGUCUGCAUCCCUGAGCCCAUUUCGGCCGAAGUGGUUUCUGCCGAAGUCGGUGUCGCCGGAGCUUCCGCUUCUGCUUCCGCCGUCUCGACUGCUCCCGUCACCGCUUCCGCUGGUGCCGCUACCGUCGCUAAGCGAUCGCCCACCGUUGGCGCUGUUGCCGCCGCCCCGGCUGCUGCUGCCGCUCCGGCCUUGUCCCUGAACACUGCUGCCGCCACUGGUUACAGCGGUGGUGCCACUUGCGUCAACAACGUCUGCGUCCCUGAGCCCAUCUCCGCUGAAGUCCUAUCCGCCGAAGUCACCGGAGCCGUCACCGCCACUGCUGCCGCUUCUUCCGUCUCUUCUCCGGCCGUGAAACGAUCCCCCACCGUUGGUGCCGCUGCCGGUGCAUCCGCCGUCGUUGCCGCCGCCCCCGCUUUGGAACUUAGCGCUGCUUCCGCCACUGGAUACAGCGGUGGCGCUACUUGCGUCAACAACGUCUGCGUUCCGGAGCCCAUCUCCGUCGAAGUCUUGUCAGCGGAGGUUGGCGUUGGCGCAUCCGCCACCGCCGCUGCCGCCGCCGGACCCGCUGUCGCCGCUCCUGCCCCCGUCAAGCGAUCUGACACUCCCCUGUCAGUCUCUGCUGCUCUUUAUUAUUAGAACAGUUUAAGGUGACAUUUUUUUUUUUUUUUUUAAUUCUCUUGCAAUAAUUCAAAAGUAUUAGGCUUCCAUAGCAUGUUUGGUGUACCCGCGAGCACACGAGCAAUUUUAUUAUAAUUCCUUCCCCCAUGCAACAAUGUCCCCCCCCCCCUGCAUGGGAAAAAUUCAUAGCCCACUUUUAUGGAGAUCAAAUAUUAUUAAUAUAAAUAAUAAUCAAAUAUGACUGUAUCGUCGAAAAUUUUGCUGGGAUUGAAAUCAAUAAACGAUUUUUCAGCGCGA